AUGAGAGUGUCGAGGGUAGGGGUCCAUCUCCCCAUCGAACUGAUCCUGCUUUCCGCCGAGUAUCUUAUGCCCGUUGACCUGCUGUCUCUCUUAUGCGCGGCUCCUGGACUCGUACAGGUCCUAACUUUCCAGCAUACCACGCGUCAGGACGAAGGUGGGAGGACGAUCCUACAUCUACUCGCGAAGGAGGGCGAGGACAAAUUGAUGAAGCUACUGCUCGCAAACGCCGGGAUCAGGCCAGACCCGAAGGAUCGCUGUGGUCGGACGCCGUUAUCCUAUGCGGCUGAAGGACAUGAAGCAGUGGUUAGGCUACUGCUGAACCGACCAGACGUCGAGGCAGACUCGAAGGAUGACGAUGGGUUAACUCCACUAUCUUACGCGGCUCGAGGUGGAUAUGAAGCGGCGGUCAGGCUAUUGCUAAGCCGGGAAGAUGUCGAGCCAGACUCGAGGGAUAAUGAAGGGCUGACUCCGCUAUCCUGUGCAGCUGGAGGUGGACAUGAAGCGGUGGUCCGGCUACUGCUGAGCCGACAAGAUGUCGAUGCGGACUCGAGGGAUUACUUGGGUCGGACGCCGUUGUUAUAUGCAGCCUGGCGCGGACAUGAAGCGGUAGUCAGGCUACUGCUAGACCGAGAAGAUGUCGAGGCGGAUUCGAGGGCUCACUGGGGUCAGACACCGUUGUCCUUUGCCGCUGGAGGCGGACAUGAAGCGGUGGUCAAGCUACUGCUAGAUCGACAAGAUGUUGAGGCGGACUCGAAGGAUAACCUCGGUCGGACACCGUUGUUAUAUGCGGCCUGGCGCGGACACGAAACAGUUGUCAGGCUACUGCUGGAUCGACAAGAUGUUAAAGCAGACUCAAAGGCUAACUGGGAUCGGACACCGUUAUCCUGUGCGACCGAAGGCGGGCAUGAAGCAGUCGUCAGGCUACUGCUUGGCCGUCAAGAUGUCGAGACGGGCUCGAAGGACUGUUGA